CAUGGACCCGGCUCGCCGCCUGCUGCCCCUCGGGCUCUGCAUCGCCCUGUGCCUGUGGGGCACCGUGGCCCAGACUCCUGGCGUACAAGGUGCCACUGGGGACUGCAACAGCCAUAUGCUGUGCCCAGCAAACGCCAAGUGUGUGAACAGCACCCACUGCACCUGCCUGGAUGGAUACCAGCCAAGGGGGAAUCGCUUCUUCACCGACCCAACAGACACCUGUGACGAUAUUAACGAGUGUCUGGGGCCGAGCCCACCAGACUGCGGACGCAACACACACUGCAACAACGUGCCUGGGAGUUACUCCUGCACCUGCAGGGAUGGCUACGAGCCCAGCUCUGGGAAAGCCAAGUUCACACACGCGAGUGAGAACAGCUGCCAGGACAUCGACGAGUGUAACAAGACCCCAGAUAUCUGCAGCCCCAACGUCACGUGUAUCAACACCAUCGGGAGCUACUGGUGUGAGUGCCGGGCCGGCUACGUCCCCUCCAACAGGAACACGACCCUGUGCCAAGAGCUCAUCUGCCCCCAGCUGCUGGAUGAUGACAGCUCUGCCAGAGCCAAGAACCUCCUGGGCAGCUUCCAGGCACAGGUGGGAAGCCUCUGCCAGGUGAUGCUGAAGGAGCUGAAGCAGAUGAACUCUCAGAACGAUGAGCGGAAGCUGCAGGGCUUCUUGGACAUUCUGGAGAAGCAGAUAAAUCCGGUCGGGCACCAGAUCAAGAGUGUGGAGUGGAGACACGGGAUCGCGACGAAGCUGAUGGCCAUAGUGGAGAAGCUGCUGAGAACGCUGGGCCUGACUGUGCGUGAUAGGAUCAGCAUCGCAUCCCCCAACGGCACAGAGCUGGGGCUGGUGGUCAGGCAGGCUGGGAACCAGAGCCAGGAGACCGUGACGCUGCAGCAGAGCAAGACCCAGAUGGAAUUAAAGUGGGCCAGAGCCCCAGGGCAGAAAAACGAAGGCUUCACGCUGGCCGGGCUGCUGACAUACCAGGGGAUGAGCCCCAUCCUGCAUGGUGCUGGGCGGGUGGAGGCGCCCGAGUGGGACGAGAUCGGCCGGACGGGGAAGUGGGCGCAGGAGCCAGGGCGGCCCAGCUACCGUGUGCUGUCUCCAGUGGUGUCGGCCUUCAUCAGUGACCCAAACCCCCAGGCACUCGGCCUCUCCGUCAGCAUCCGCUUCAGCCACCCGGUGCCGGAGAAGAAGCCCGACCUGCGUCUCUUCUGCGCCUACUGGGAGCCUGGCAGCAGGCGCUGGGCCACCGACGGCUGCACCCUGCAGAAGUUGAACGCCACCAUCACCCGCUGCCAGUGCAACCACCUGACCAGCUUCGCCGUGCUCAUGGCCUUCUACGAGCUGGAGGAAGCGACUCUCAGUUUCAACAUCAUCACCUACGUGGGACUGACCCUCUCCCUGCUGUGCCUCUUCCUCGCCAUCCUCACCUUCCUCCUGUGCCGCUCCAUCCGCAACGUCAGCACCUCCCUCCACCUGCAGCUCUGCCUCUGCCUCUUCCUGGCCGACCUGCUCUUCCUCACCCAGGUGACCCACCCCGGCAGUCAGGUGGCGUGUGCUGUCAUUGCUGGCCUCCUGCACUACCUCUUCCUGGCCUGCUUCAGCUGGAUGUUCCUGGAGGGGCUGCACCUCUUCCUCACCGUCAGGAACCUGAAGGUCGUGAAUUACACCAGCGCCAGCCGGUUCAAGAAGAGAUUCAUGUACCCGUUCGGCUACGGAUUCCCAGCCCUGGUGGUGGCUAUUUCUGCAGCGGUGAAUCCUGGUGGCUACGGAACUUUCACACACUGCUGGCUCAGCCUGGACAGAGGCUUUCGUUGGAGCUUCCUGGGUCCAGUCUGUGCCAUAAUCCUGAUAAAUAUAACGUUCUUUGCCCUGACCCUGUGGUUCCUGAGAAACAGACUCUCCUCCCUCAAUGCAGAUGUGUCCACCCUGAGAGACCACAGGUUACUGACCUUUAAAGCCAUCGCCCAGCUCUUCAUUCUGGGCUGCUCAUGGAGCCUUGGUCUCCUCCAAGUCGGCCCAGCAGCCACGGUCAUGGCGUAUUUAUUCACCAUCGUCAACAGCCUGCAGGGAGCCUUCAUCUUCCUGGUGCACUGUCUCCUCAAUCGCCAGGUGAGAGAGGAAUACAGGAAAUGGCUCAAGGGAUUCCGAAUGUCCAGCACGAAAUCUCAGCCAUCCGAUCUGUCCAUGUCUGCUGUCCCCACCACCAGCACCAAGACGGACUAACCUUUCUGCCAGGAGGAGUCGGCAGCAACCAGGGCCGGGGUCAAUACCUAGGAGUUCCAAUACAAAACCGUACCGGCUGGAGCCCCCCGUGACGUUGUGCUCCAUGUGCUUUAUGGAAAUAUGCUCAUGAAUAUGACAUAACUGGAAUAUGCUUUACGCUAAAUACCCCUUGGAUGGUGUCUUUAGAAAGCUUGUAAUCUGCUAAGUGUGUUCAUCCUAUUUGUUUACAUGAAUUGUUUGGGUGAGUGGGAGCUCUGAGGUUCCCUGCUCCCCACGGCAGCUGAGCAGUUGUGGAGGAUCCCACCGCCUGCAGCAGCAGGGAGCUCCAGUUCCCCGCCACCUGCGGCAAGUGGGAGGUCUAGGGUCCCCCACUGCCCACGGGGGAUGGGCUGCUGCAGGGCCUUCUCACCUCCCACGGCAGCUGAGAGCUCCAGGGGGUCCCUCCUCUUCCGGCCAUGGCUGGGCAACUACGGGGAGUCCCCCACUACCAACA